AUGGAAGAGCACUCGUCACAGUCCGCCCUCACUCGGGCCUUUGCGCUCCCUGAGAUAGUGAGGGCAAUCAUGGGCCAAAUGGACAUGAGUACCCUGAUCAAAUGUCAACGAGUCUGUCGCGCCUGGACAAAGACUAUUCAACUUUCUACGUCGCUACAGCAGAACCUUUUCUUUCUUUCCCGGGAAGAUCCAUUCCAGAAGACGUCUUGGGUCUACAAUCCACUCCUCGCAGAGAUAUUUCCAUCGUUCUUUCCCCCGUCUACCACGACCGAGACAUCCGUGAAUUUUGAAACUGUUGAAUUUGCCAAGAAUUCCGAGUCUAUGAGGAUCUUUCUACGCCCGGAAGCAAGUUGGCGGCGUAUGCUGACCACGCAACCACCUAUACGCAAGGUCGGAGGGUUCGCUUGGGGUUGCAACAUGUUUGGCUGUUGGUGGUCACAGACCAAAGCUGAACCCCUCAAAGAUGGGCUUCGCAUGGGUCUGCUCUUCGAGACUCUUCUUUCCGAAAGUGGUCCAUACUGGAAACAUCAGACGUGGUGGAUUGUUUUCGGGGGCCCAACGCCCAUCAAUGCACCCAGGGUGAUCGUGGCACACCGCACUUGCUCGCAUUACAGCAGCUUCAAUUCAGAUGGAACUCAAAUGAUUCAUGAGCUUGAUCUUACACUUGUGACAGUGGGGCACACCUCCUGCAUCGAGGAUGAUUCGUAUGAAUCCGACGAAUCCGAGUGCCCACCGGAUUAUGCUAAAAGCGUCAAACCGGCUAAGGAAUUCACAUGGGAGAAGCUCCGUGCAUGUUAUCAGGAUCUGGGAGUAGACCUGUCGAAACUACGGAUGAUAGAGUACAACCAGGGAUACGAAGACCAUUAG